GCUCCGCCCCCACUACAGGUUCCGCCCCCUCUUCAGGCUCCGCCCCCUCUGCAGACCUCUGCCAAUCAGUGCUGAAGAGCAUGAAGCUCACCGUGGCCAAUCGGAUGCAGCGAGAGGAAGGCCACGCCCACACACGCCUGCGCAGGCUCCGGGAGCAGCUGCAGCGGCGCAGACAGGUGUGGACGGAGGACGAGGCUUUGACUCGCGCGCGUCUUCAUCACUUCGGAGAACAGCAGCGCGCCGUCGUCAUGGCGAUGGUGUCCAGGCACUCAGAUAUGCAGAUGAGGAGUGCUCAUGUAGACGAGCAGCAGCUUCUGCUGAUCCUGGAGUUCCAGAGGCUUCUAGCAGCGCGAGCCUUUCACCUGCGGCUGAUGGACGAGAUGAAGCUGGCCAUCCAGUCAGACACACAGGACGCCUCUGUCGCCGUGGAAACGGUGUCCUGUGCAGAGGCUGUGAUUGGCCAGAAUCUCCUGCACGAGCUGGAGGCGUCGGCUGAGAUGCUGCAGGGCCACGCCCACCUCCUGCUAGGCCACGCCCUCUCGCGGGCCGCACGCCUGCGCAGCGACACACAGCAGAAGGAGCGGCUGAUGGACGCGGUGUGUGAAAGUGUGUGUGUGACGCGGGACUGUGUCGAGUCUCUGAUCCGGGAAUAUUACUGUGGGAUCCGGAGCAGGAGGAGGACACACAGCAGAGCCAGCGAGGAUACAGACACACACACACAGAGGACGGAUUGCACUAGAGCUCUACAGACACAACUCCUCAACUGGGCCAGAAAACCCACAUCUACUGAAUUACAUCACAGGGUUGUUGAGCUGAAGAGGACGUGUCUGACAGAGUUUCAGAAAGAUCUUCACAGUCCAGAGCAAACACACACUUACAGACACCUCAGAGAUGAAGAAGAGGCGUUCAUGCGUCGACUGGCGUCUCUAGCACGAGUGUCUCUCAGGAACGAGGAGGAUUUUACAGGUCAUCAGUGUGAAGAGAGUUUCUGAAGGACUUCUGCUGGACCUGUGAUGAGCGUCAGAAGACCAGCAGAAUGAUGCAGAACACACACUCACUCACACACACAAUCUUAAAGUAAUAUCUUUAAUAGUAAUAGAAAGGAAAAUGGAAAAAUGCACAAUGCUUUGCAUGUUUAAUCUGUGUCAUGACAGGACUUCACAUACAGGAUAGCCUGGAUCUUGACGCUUCUCCUUGCAU